UGCUCUUCUUACCGAAGAAGAGGCGAAGAAGAAGAGAAGAGAGAGAGAGAGAGUGAGUGAGAGGGCCUCUCUCCGAAUUCUGGGGUUAGGUUUCGGGUUAGGAUUUCCGAGCUUUCUAGGUUUUUUUGCCGGAAAUGGGUGACGGCGGCCGCGGCGUGUCUGCCCUGUGCGACCACUGCGGCGAGGCGGCGGCCGUGCUCUACUGCUGCGCUGACACGGCGAAGCUCUGCCUCCCCUGCGAUGGCCUUGUCCACGCUGCCAACGCCCUCUCCCGCCGGCACGGCCGCUCCCCGCUCUGCGACAACUGCGCCGCUGCCGCUGCCGCCGCCCUCUGCGCCGUCGACGGCCUCGCCCUCUGUCCAGAAUGCGACUGGAACGCCCACUCCGCCCACCCUCGGACCCCCAUCGAGGCCUUCUCCGACUGCCCCUCCGCCCUCGAGCUCGCCGCCGCCUGGGGCUUCGAUCUCUCCGCAGGAAAAAUCCCACCUUUUACCCCUCGGGACCAGGAGCUUUCCCCUUGUAGUAGCAUUUCGGCGGCUCUUGAUUCGAUUCCGGCCGUCGAUCCGGUGCUCGGGAAUCUCCAUGUCCCCUGUACCAAGCGCCAGAAGAGCGGAAGGGGGUGGCAGGAACUACUGAGGCAGCUGGUGGAAUUGGCUGGAAGGGAGCCGGUCGCUGCUCCGGUGCCGGGCGAGCUCAGCCCGAGAACGCCAAGCAAUAACAAUGGCGGCCAGUACGAGAAAGAGAACCGCGUGGUGGAGCAUAUAGGAUUCACCUCGUUGCUUAAUUUGGACUUAUCAGCAUGCGCUGGUCUCAAAGGAAAUGAUAGGCUUCUGGAGGAUGAGGACUUGGUAUGGGAUUGUGGUCCUUCUGAACAUGUUACUCAGAUAUGGGAUUUUAAUUUAGGAAGAUCAAGAAAUCAUGAUGAAUAUUCUCCGCACGAAGUUGGAUAUGGUACAAACAAUGCUGGUUUUAUGAUUAAUAGAUAUAGUGAUCUUCGUAAAGACAGUUCCUUUGCAACUACAAAGGUGAUGGAUUAUGUAUAUGACAUGAAUGACCCUUCAGCAAUCGAGGAUAUCUUAUCUACUCAGAGUUACCACGUAUCAUCUCAUAAUCUGAACAUGGCAGCAAGGACUGGUAAAUGGCAGAAUAAUGCGACCGAUUCAGCAAAACCCUCCGGAACUAAGACCUUGACUGGUUAUUUACAUGAUCCUGGACCUGUUGACAAAAGCAAGGAAAUUUCCUUUGGAGAACAAUCCUACUACAUCAGCAAUGGAACAGCAGAAGAAACUAAGAAAGCUGACAGUCAAUUAUUGGCUCACAACAGGGACAAGGCUAUGUUGCGGUACAAAGAGAAGAGGACGAAUCGCAGAUAUGACAGGCACAUCCGGUACGAGUCCCGGAAAGCAAGGGCUGAUUCAAGGAAGCGGCUGAAGGGUCGUUUUGUUAGAUCAACUGAGGCUUAAUGGUAGUUGAAAAGGCCUUAUAAUGAGGCCAGCAUUGGCUGUAUAUAUUUUUCUUACUGUCGCAGCUGGUGCUGCUAUUAUUGUUGUCAUUUAAUCUGUCUCAUGAAGGUUAGAAUCCAGCAAUUUCACUGUUUCUUGAAUAGCAUCUCAAAUGAGCAAAUGUAGUGGGGAGGGGCCACAAUCUGUUUCUGGAUAUUUGAGCUAUGAUGAGUGGUGGGUUGGUCUUUCAGGCCAAGCAUAUCUUUAGAGAGACAAACGGGGCUGCCCAAACAAUCUGAAGGUACUUUGUGGGUUGGAAAAUGGGAGUUGCCUAGAAUGCUUCGGGAUCUAUUAUUUUCUGAUUUUAUUGGAUGUAUCAAUUACUAGAAAUGUAUGAAUCAGCCGUUUCAGAAAAAAAAGAGCAAAUUUAGAUCUCCA